AUGGAAGUCAAUGGUAUUGAACGACUUCUUUAUAUCAUUGCCAUUUCCUUUUUUCCAGUUCAAAGUGCUACAUAUUUUGAACUUAUAAAGGGUGCUGAUACUUCAAGCAAUGAAAAAGCUGACAAUCCUCUUGUGAAUAAAAGAUUUUUCCAAUGUGACAGAAAUGAGGAUUGCAAAUAUAUUGUAAAAAUGCAUGGAUCAAACGAACUGAAAAUUGUACCUGAAGAGCAUGUAUUGGCUUCACCUGGAAAUUUUUAUAAGAUAUGGAAGAAGGUUCAAAUUGUGAAAAAGAAGUCCUCUCCAGUUGUAAAAAAUAUAGCACUUUACAAACCAGUAGUGCAAUCGUCACAAUAUGAUCAGUACACACCCGCAACCAACGCAGUUGAUGGUAGCUUAGAAGCGGUGCACAGAACCUGUGCCAUUACAACACAUCAGAGUUUUCCUCCAUGGUUUCGUGUUGAUCUUCAACAAAAACUUCCUGUUCGAUCAGUUGCUUUGCAAAACAGGAGGGACUGCUGCUGGAAUCGAAUGAACCCAUUUGAUGUUCGCGUCGGCAUGAGUCUAGAGAAUGAUGGUAGAGUGAAUCCUAAAUGCGUCAACGGUGGCAGUUUUACCCAGAUAAACCAAUACCUCAGUUUGGGAUGUCCUUCAGUAAUGUACGGCCGUUACGUCAUCGUGUUGGCUGAACUUUCAUCGAUGAUUGAAAUUUGCGAACUAGAGGUUUACUCAUAAAAACAGUUGUUAGUUUAUGUAGACAUUCGUAUAUUGAUUACAUUCGUAUAUGAAUUACAACCAUUAACCAUACAUUAAACAUAAAAUUUAUGAACAUACGUAAUUAUCAUGCGAAUCUUGCGUUUGCUUGUAAUAACAUUAAAGCACUAAAUCGCUCUAAACAUUUCACUGAACAUCUGUCAACAUUUUUAUCAAAAUUUAAG